AAAAAUAAAAAACAGAGACAAACAACAUUGGAAAAAGCAGCUUGUUUUCCGUUCAGCCGAAGCUCCAAAAGAAAAACGUCAGAGGUUAAUAAGUUAUUCAACACACACACAGAUUAUGGUAUCGAUGGGUGGUGUUGAUUUGGGCUGAAUUGACGGGCUUUUUCCGGCUCACACAAGUUGUCGUAUCGUGAAAAACUCGUAGUUUUCCCCGUUGUUAUCCAUAUGACAGGCGUAUAAAGCCUGACGUCUCGUUCAAUUUCCCCCACAUUUGGUCCUUUAAAGAUUCCCUUUUCACACCAUUUCCUGUCAACGUCCAAAGCGAUCGCGUAGAGACAGUUUCCAAAGUCAAAAGCACUGCCACAAUUGUCGCGGCGGAACACUUGAGCAUCCUUUACCCCCCCACGAAUUAUAUAGAUAGUGGUUCCAUACCCUUUUGAACCUCCUCCCCUUGAUACGAUCUCCCCUGUCACAUUCCACCACUGUCCAAACCAUCUGCCACUUGUCUGAUCUCUGAAUUCCUGACCUUACGCUCACUCUAUCACACACCAUACACUAUGCCCCAUUCCUUUGCAGAGCAUGAUGACGGCGACAGCGUGCCAAGCCCCAUCAGUCCUUCGGGGAACAUGUUGGCACCGAAUGCCGUCCGAGAUUUUGUCCUGCGCUCGAGAGGCCACACACCCAUCACCAAAGUCCUCAUUGCCAACAAUGGAAUGGCCGCCGUAAAAGCCAUUCGUUCGAUUCACAAAUGGGCAUACGAGACGUUUGGCGACGAGCGAGCCAUACAAUUUACCGCCAUGUGCACUCCUGAAGAUUUGAGAGUGAAUGCCGAGUUUGUACGAAUGGCAGAUCAGUACGUCGAAGUGCCCGGCGGAACUAGCAACCACAACUAUGCAAAUGUAGACUUGAUUGUAGAUAUCGCUGAGAGAACGGGUGUUGAUGCUGUAUGGGUAGGAUGGGGGUUUGCAUCCGAAAACCCUGUGCUGGCAGAAAAGCUUAGUGCCCUCAGUCGCCCGAUUGUUUUUAUCGGCCCACCACCGUCCGCGAUGCGGGCCCUUGGCGAUAAGAUUGCUUCCACGAUCGUUGCGCAAUCUGCGGACGUCCCUUGCGUCUCCUGGAGUGGUGAAGGCAUUACUGUCGAUGCCAAAGACGAGAACGGCAAUGCAUACGUUCCGGAUGAUAUUUACCAUGAAGCGACUACUCAUGACGUCGACGAGGGCCUUGCACAUGCACAACGGAUCGGAUUUCCGGUUAUGAUUAAAGCUUCUGAAGGUGGUGGAGGGAAAGGUAUCCGCCUCGUCGACGAUCCUGCUGUUUUUGCUCAAUCGUUCGCUCAGGUCCAGCGAGAAGUUCCUGGAUCUCCAAUUUUCAUCAUGAGAGUCGUGAGGAAUGCUCGACAUUUGGAAGUGCAGCUCUUGGCAGACUCGUACGGGAAUGCCAUUGCACUUUUCGGACGUGAUUGUUCUGUCCAACGUCGCCACCAAAAGAUUAUCGAGGAAGCACCCAUCACCAUUGCGAGCCCGGAGACGUUGUCCAAUAUGGAGAAAGCGGCGGUCCGGUUGGCGAAAUUGGUUGGCUAUGUCAGUGCAGGUACCGUCGAGUAUCUUUACGAACCGGCCACUCAAGAGUACUACUUUUUGGAGCUGAACCCGCGGUUGCAAGUCGAGCAUCCCACGACCGAAAUGGUCUCUGGUGUCAAUAUACCCGCUGCACAACUCCAAGUUGCUAUGGGCAUCCCUUUGAGCUGUAUCCGCGAUAUCCGCAUUCUGUACGGUCUUACUCCCAACAGCGUCUCCGAUAUCGAUUUUGACUUUUCCUCCCCCCAAUCACACCAAAUUCAGCGAAAACCUUCCCCUAAAGGUCACGUCAUUGCUGCACGUAUUACGGCCGAAAACCCUGAUGCAGGAUUUAAGCCGAACAGCGGCAAGGUUCUUGAGCUCAAUUUCCGUAGUAAUAGCAACGUUUGGGGUUACUUUAGCGUCAACUCGUCUGGUGGCGUCCACGAGUACGCUGAUUCGCAGUUUGGGCAUAUCUUCUCCUACGGAGAGACGCGACAGGAUUCGCGUAAAAACCUCGUCAUGGCAUUGAAGGAACUCUCGAUUCGGGGUGAUUUUCGUACAACCGUCGAAUACCUCAUCAAGAUCCUGGAGACCGGCACUUAUAUUGACAACAACGUGACCACAGGAUGGUUGGACGUUCUCAUCUCUAGAAAAGUUGAGAUUGAGAAACCGGACUCCAUUCUUACUGCUAUCUGUGGUGCGGUCGUUAAAGCGCACACUAGAUUUGAGGCGAAUCUUGCCGAGUAUCAUCGUGCGUUGGAAAAGGGGCAAACCCCCGCGAGGUCACUCCUGGUAACCACCGCCCUGGUCGACUUCAUUUACAAUAACGUCCAAUACAAGAUCUCGACUUCGGUAACGGGUCCUGAACGUUUCCGCUUGUCAGUCAAUGGAUCGAGCGUUGAGGUUGUUGCCAAGAAGCUCGCGGAUGGUGGUUUAUUGGUAUUACUGGGAGGACAAAAGCAUCUUGUUUACCCCAAGGAGGAUGCACAUGGUACGACCCAUUUGGUUCUCGACAGCAAAACAUGUCUCCUUGAGAAAGAAAACGAUCCAACAAAGCUCCGAUCUCCUUCACCUGGCAAACUUGUUCGAUACCUUGUCGAAGAUGGUGAUCAUAUCAAUGCCGGUGACGCUUUUGCUGAAAUCGAGGUGAUGAAGAUGUACAUGCCGCUCCUUGCGAGCGAAAGUGGAUUGAUCCGAUUUACUAUGCCAGCGGGUAGUGUUUUGCAGUCUGGUGAUGUAAUUGGGACUUUGGUGCUCGAUGACCCAUCCCGCGUCAAGCGAGCGACUCUGUUUGAUGGCGAAUUUCCUGCUUAUGGACCACCUCAAGUCGUUGGAGAAAAGCCUCACCAACGAUAUGAGCAGGUGAAGCAGACGGUUGACUCCAUCUUGGACGGUUACGAAUACCAUGGUGACAUCAACGCACUGGUUCGCACCUUGCUUGAGCUUCUUCGCGAACCUGAACUUCCGUUUUUGGAAUUGUCCCAAGUGUUGUCCUCCCUUGCUGGGCGGAUUCCCAGCAAAUUGGACGCAGCUAUUCACCAAGAGCUGGAUAAGUUCCGCCAACACGGCGAGCCGUUUUCCCCUGAAGUCUUCCAACAACUCAUUGCAAGCGCAAAACAGGCCAUGUCUCGAGACGACGCUGCUGCCUUUACCGUAUUAAUUGCGCCAGUUCAGGAAGUCAUUGACCGGUAUGCGCGGGGCUUGAAGAGUCACGAACGGGAUGUUCUGGCCGAUUUGUUGGAUCGAUAUGUCUAUGUGCAGGAACUUUUCAACGAGAAGCGGUACGAAGAUGUUUUGUUACAGUUGAGGGAUCGACACAAAUCUGCCUUGAGCAAAGUUACCGCUGUCGCUUUGGCUUAUUCAAAGGGCAUCACGCGUAGCGAUCUCGUCUUGACGUUACUUGAUCAAGCGCGUGCGGACACUGACGAAGGCAAGAGCGUAUUCCUGCCUAUCGUCUCUAAACUGGCGCAGUUUGUGGGAAGGUCCACCGCCAAGGUCUCGCUCAAAGCGCGGGAAACUCUCAUCUAUUACCAAUUACCGAGCUACGGGGAGCGACAUGCCCAAAUAUUAUCUAUUUUGUCCGCCGGCGUGAAAGACGUGUCGGACGAGGAUGGGUCCAUGAAACCCACUUUCGAUCAUGCGUAUCUCUCGAAACUCAUUACAGCCAAUCAUGCCAUCUUGGAUGUCUUGCCGAGAUUCUUUUACCAUGAGGAUGUUGGCGUCAAGGCUGCGGCAUUCUAUACCUACGUUCUUCACACUUACCAGGCAUACUCGAUCACUUCUGUCAAGCAACACAUUGAUGCGAAUCCACUCGUACUCCAGUGGGAAUUCACCCUUCGACCGGUUAUGCCUUCCUCUGUCAGUGUGGAGAAUGGAAAAGGAAAGUCGACGUCGCGAAAGAACUCGUACGCGUCAACGUCUACCUCGUCCUCUCGUGUGGACACAAAAAGCACUCGAAAAGGUGCCAUGUGCGCAUUUUCUUCGCUCAAAGAAUUAGAGGAAAACUUUCCGCAUAUUGUUGAGCGAUAUGGCGAAGAUACCACUCCCGGCUCCCCCAAGGAGCGUCGAAGUAUGACUGGAAUGCGUCAUGUGUUUAACAUAGCCAUUCUCGACAGUUGUGCACCCGAACUGGGUAAGGAUGAGACUGCCCAUGCCAAGUUUGAGUCCAUUGUCAGAUCACUUCGUCCGAUUCUCCGUGCGAAACGGGUGCGACGGAUCACAUUUAUGGUCGUGAGGCAGAACCAGUUCCCCCAUUACUUUACGUUCAAAGAAGCACUGGAUUACAGUGAGGAUCUCGUCAUUCGCCACAUCGAGCCUGCCAUGGCGUAUCAGCUCGAGCUCCAACGCAUGGCGAACUAUGAGGUGAAGCCAUGCUUUAUCGAUAACCGUCGCAUCCACGUUUAUCAUGCGGUCGGCAGAAAGAACCCGUCCGACACGAGGUUCUUUGUUCGAGCUAUCGUGUACCCAGGACAGGCCCCCGUUUCUGGUGUCCGUACUCACGACUUCCUUGUCAGCGAGGGAAAUCGUAUUGUCACGGACAUUAUGGAUGCUUUGGAGAUUGUCGGAGCGCAAUACCCAAACACCGACUGCAAUCAUCUCUUUAUCAACUUUGUCCCCACGUUCGAAAUUGAUAUUGAUGCAGCUGAGGCGAGCUUGAAAGAGUUUGUAGAUAGACAUGGACAGCGCCUAUGGAAACUUCGUGUGGCUACGGCCGAGGUGCGGUUCAUCUUUCGCCGGGGCAAUACUUUGAACAGUGGAAGCGGAAGCCCAUACAGUAGCAGCGGUCUGAUUUCCCCACCGCCUAUGCCCCCCAACUCCUCCUCAUCAACAGCUAAACCUAUCCGGUUCACAAUCUCUUCGGUUACCGGAUACGUCACAAAAGUUGAUGUCUAUCAAGAAGUGCGCGAUGGUACCGGAGUUCAAAAGCUCAUGUCGCUGUCAUCCCCACCCGGUCCACUCCAUCAUCAAGCCGUUGGCGCGCCCUACCCGACCCGCGAAUCGAUCCAGCCCAAACGGUACAAGGCACACUUGAUGGGUACAACCUACAUCUAUGACUUUCCAGAAUUGUUCAGAAGGGCUGUGGAGAAGAGCUGGAUUCGAUAUGCUGAGGAGAGUGGAGCAAGGGUUCCAGCUGUAAUUAUGAAUGUGGUUGAAUUGGUCGUGGGUAAGAAUGGGGAGCUGGUAGAGACUGUCAGAGAACCUGGCGAAAACACUUGCGGAAUGGUGGCAUGGGACUUUGAAUUGUUCACACCCGAGUAUCCCGAAGGGCGUCAUAUUGUUAUUGUCGCCAACGAUAUCACGUUCAAUAUUGGCUCCUUUGGGCCAAUGGAGGACCUGGUGUUCUUCAAAGCCUCUGAGUACGCGAGACGAUUAGGCAUUCCCCGGAUUUACAUCUCAGCCAACUCUGGUGCUCGCAUUGGCCUCGCUGACGAAGUAAUUAACCAUUUCAACGUAUGCUGGUUGGACCCGAGCAAUCCUUCUAAAGGAUUCGAUUAUCUCUAUCUCACCGAAGAAGAGCAUAAGAAGCUUGUCCUUGAUCAAGGCAGCAAUCCCUCUGUCCGGUGCGAGAAACUAGUGACGACCGACGGAGAGACGAGGUACAAAAUCAUUGAUGUGAUUGGUCGAACGCAUGGCUUGGGUGUCGAGAAUCUGCAAGGGAGUGGAAUGAUUGCUGGGGAGACCAGUUUGGCGUACGAGGAGAUUUUCACGCUGACGCUGGUUACCUGCCGGUCUGUGGGUAUUGGGGCUUAUCUAGUCCGUCUCGGUCAGCGUACCAUCCAAGUGGAGUACACACCUAUUAUUCUCACAGGUGCGGCCGCACUGAACAAGGUUCUCGGACGGGAAGUAUACACAUCGAACCUCCAACUUGGUGGCACGCAAAUUAUGCACCGGAACGGUGUCUCCCAUCUUGUUGCCAAGGACGACAUGAACGGUGUGCAAGAGAUUUUGAACUGGCUUUCUUAUGUUCCCAAACAUCGCAAUGCUCCACUUCCUGUUCUACCAGCGACAGACUCGGUUGACCGAGACGUUGAGACCGAAAUCCCAUCUGGGUCGUAUGACCCCCGUGAACUACUGGCUGGAUAUGAGGACAGUGAAGGAGACUUUGUUGACGGAUUCUUCGAUCGAGGUAGUUUUACAGAGACUCUUGCUGGCUGGGCCAAGGGUGUGGUCGUGGGACGUGCGCGCUUAGGAGGGAUCCCAGUUGGCGCCAUUUCCGUCGAAACCCGCUCCACGGAAUCCAUCAUCCCGGCUGAUGCCGCCGAUGACAAGUCCCAGGAGCAGACCAUUGUAGAAGCCGGUCAAGUCUGGUACCCCAAUUCUGCCUACAAGACCGCCCAAGCGAUUAACGAUUUCAACAAGGGUGAACAGCUUCCUCUCUUCAUUUUCGCAAACUGGCGUGGGUUCUCUGGUGGCCAGAGUGACAUGUACAAAGAGGUCCUCAAGUAUGGUGCCUGCAUUGUAGAUGCCUUGAGGGCAUACAAGCAACCCGUGUUCAUUUACGUUAUUGGUGAAUUGAGAGGCGGAGCUUGGGUGGUACUCGACCCUACCAUCAACCCUGAGAUGAUGGAGAUGUACGCGGAAGAGGAAGCGCGUGGUGGGGUUCUUGAACCACAGGGUAUCGUUGAGAUCAAAUUCCGUCGGGCCCAGAUGGUUGCUGCCAUGGAGCGUUUGGAUGCGGAAUACCGGGAGCUGAAACGGGCUCUCUCGGAAGCCAGUAGCGCAGGAUCAACAGUUACACCUGAGAAAAAGGCCGAGCUCCAAAGGGCGUUUGACAAACGAGAAAAGGAGCUGAUGCCCGUGUACCACCAAGUGGCAGUCCACUUUGCUGACCUUCACGACCGACCCGGCCGCAUGUUGGCCAAAGAAGUUGUGGAGCGCGUCGUAAGCUGGCGUGAAAGUCGUCGGUUCUUCUACUGGCGCCUCCUCCGUCGCAUUAGCGAAGAAAGUGUCCUCAGUCAGCUCCUCGCAGCCGAUCCUUCCCUCUCCCGCUCCGAAGGCAAACAGCACCUCGAGUCUUGGUUUACAGAGGACUUGAAUAAAGUACGAGCGGCACUGGAUGAUGAAGUCUAUGAUGAAGAUGUAGCUCGUCACGGAGGGAUGUUACACCCUGUCGGUAGUAAAGAGUAUCGCCAUAAUGACUUGGAGGUGGUGCGGUGGUUGAGUAUGAAACGGGAAGGUGUUGAUGAACGUAUUGAGAGAGCCAGGAUUGCAGGACACGUGAAAAUGGUUGAAAAGGUGGCUGCGGAAGACGUAGAUGCUGCCGUGAAGGGAUUAUUGAGAAUUGUGGAUGGAUUGGAUCCCAAGAUCCGCAAGAGGGUCUUGGAUGCAUUCAAGGACAGCGAUAUCUGAUGGCGUGCCUAGAGUGCAGAAAGCUUCUAUAAACAGCGAGAUAUAUAUUUCUUUUGUUGAUAUUCAAAUAUACUUUACUAGAUUACAACUGCA